AUGAUCCUCAUACACACGGUGAUCGCGGUUCUAUCGCUUACGCAAACCAUCUACGGUCUCGGGCUAAUAAUCGAACCGUGUCUCGUAGGAGACAAGAAAAAAUAUUCCAGCAUUAACAACCUACAGAAUUGCAUCAGCUAUCCGACGGUUAAAGACGACAUAAUAAUGGUACGAAUCAAGUCUGGAGACAAGAUUGCGUCGCAGAGACUCAACUUGAACAUCUUCGACCUGGAAAACAACAAGAUUCGGUUCAAGAAGGACAUCAGCCAUGAGAUGAACUUGAUCUUCACCAAUUUGAACAACCCGGCAGUAGUGAACUCUGAGUUGGAGAGCCUGCAGGUAAAGAGGAGCAAUAUCUUUGGACGGUGGUCGGGGCUAGUGCACCAUGAGGAGGCUGGGGGCGGUGGUAGUGGUGGUAGUGGAGGUGCUGUUGGUGCUGGUGCUGUUGGUGCUGGUGCUGGUGGUGGUUCUGGUGCUGUUGGUGGUGCGGGAGCUGGUACUCAGACUGCUAGCACAGACUCCCACCUCGAUUCCAACAAGGGCAAGUCGUUGAUCUACAUCUGCUUCGACAACGUCUACACCGACAGGUCUUGGUCGUUCCACGCGCAGCCCAAGGACGUCGAGCUCUACACCGAGGUCAAGAACAUGAACACCAUCAAGGACACCAACUACAACAACUACGCACACUACUUCAAUAAAUUUAAGGACUCCUCCGCGAAAUCGGAAGAGGAAGAGGAGAAAACGAAGCAGCGGUCCAGCGAGGAGUUCACCCAGGAGGAUUUUGAAAACGAGGUCAAGAUUCUUCAGCAUGAGUUGGAAGAAGUAAUUGAGAAGUUGAAGAGCUCGGAGGACAUCUUGAGGGAGCUCAUGGAACAGGAGUACAGGCUCCGAGAUGCCAAUGAGGCUAUAUAUUCUGGAUACACCAAGAUAUCGAUUAUUAUGUUGGUAUGUACGUUUGUUGCAGGGUUGAUCCAGAUGGCGUACCAGACGUAUUUCUUGAGGAAGCAGAAGGUGAUAUAA